CUGAGCACCCCCACGCCGCAGCCCAUGGAGUCCGCCUUCCUCGCGCGCCCGCUCGCCCGGCCGCUCCGGGCCUCCGCGGCGCUCCCCCGCGCCUCCCGCCGCCCCACCCGCGUGGCGGUCGUCGCCGCCGCGGCGCCAGAGCGGAAGCCACCGGGCGCGGCGGCGUCCACCACCAACUACGUCGUGCCGCUCGACGCCGCGCCGUCCGGGAUCACGCGCCCGCUCGUCGAGAUCCUCCGCGACCUCAACAAGCGCGUUCCGGACACCAUCGUGCGACCCGCCUCACGACGCGCCUCCGCCUCCGAUCCCGUCGUCCCCUGGUACCAUGCCAACAGGAUGCUCAGCUUUUAUGCUCCAGGUUGGUGUGGAGAGAUCCGUGAUGUUAUCUACACUGACAGUGGAAAGGUGACUGUGAUAUACCGUGUGACAGUACGAGGAACAGACGGAGAGGUUCAUAGAGAGGCCGCUGGAACAGCGUCGCUGAGUGACGCACGGUUUGAUGAUCCCGUGGCGGCGGCAGAAGAAGCCGCGUUCUGCAAAGCCUGCGCAAGGUUUGGUUUCGGCCUGUAUCUGUACCACGACGACGAGACGCCGUAGCGGGUCCGCAUCCGUCCUUUCUUCUGCUUGGCUUCUCGCCAGUCUAUCAAGUUGUUGUGGUGGCGCUGUGGGGGUUGAUCAGCUUGCCGAGUCAUCUCCAAUUCUCCGUCCUGAUGGUGAUGGCGCAUGUAUCAUCCGUGCUGCUCAACUGUAAAUAUGAGGCGUAUCAAGUUGCUAAUCACUCGAGCUGUUGUACAAUGUUGGUGCAUUAAGCGUGUUGUUUGCUCAAUUUGGGACACAGCCUUGCAAAUAUUCAGUGAAAUUGUAUCUGAUGCUGUGUAUUAUGCUAUUAUGAAUGUGUAUGCAUUAUUUUUUUACCACAAUACAAUACAAUAC